ACAUCAGUGCUAUAAAUACCCAAGUGAUAAUAAUAAACGCUCUUUUAUUUAUACAAGUGAACAAAUAGACAAAUAUUAACUACUUAAACAGCCCCAGAAUGGGUUCCACUAAGCUGAAUACUUCUAGCACAUUGCUAGGUCGGUCAAUCCUAGCCGAAGAAUUCGUACGCUCUCUUGUUUUUCUGAUUGAUCUAACUGCGCUCUCUUGGUCCUUUGCGACAAGUUGGGGCGCUCGACCACCCACGCCCCCACCCACAACUGGUUGGUGUCUUAAUACAACACACUCAACACACAAAGCACCGCGAUCAAAAAAUCGCUCACUGAUAUCCCUGAUUGUGGGCCUCGUCCUGGGAUAUAGUUUGGCGCAGGUCUUCACAUACAUAGCCACCCCAGCGCGCAUCGGUCCUUACGUAGUGGAAAAACGGCACCCAGACAAAGAUCCACAUGAUCUGCGGGUUCCACAUGAUCUGCAGGAUCCACAUGAUGACGAUGAGUCUGCCCACGAGUUGGUCAGACACGAGCACAAGCAGGACAAUAGUAGUCUGGCUGACAAAUUGUUUAGGGAAGUGCGCAUACUCUGCUGGAUUAUGACAAAUCCCACCAACCACAAGAAGAAGGCGCGCCAUGUGAAGCGCACUUGGGGCAAGCGUUGCAACAUUUUGCUCUUCAUGAGCUCGGCCGCUGACGAUGAGUUGCCCACCGUGCAGCUGCCCGUGGGCGAGGGGCGCAUCAAUUUGUGGCACAAGGUUAAGGAGGCGUUCAAGUAUGUUUAUAAGCAUCACUACAAUGAUGCGGACUGGUUCCUCAAGGCCGACGACGACACGUACACCGUUGUGGAGAAUAUGCGGUACAUGCUGUAUCCGUACUCCCCAGAAACUCCAGUACACUUUGGCUGCAAGUUCAAGCCGUUUGUGAAACAGGGCUACAUGUCCGGUGGUGCGGGCUAUGUUCUCAGUCGUGAGGCUCUGCGACGCUUUAUCGUGGAGGCCAUACCGAAUCCGAAACUCUGUCUGCCAGGCACCGUCAUCAACGAGGACAUCGAAAUAGGACGUUGUCUCGAAAAUGUGAACGUGACGGCUGGCGAUACGCGCGAUGCCAUGGGGCGCGGACGCAUGUUUCCAUUUGUGCCCGAAACUCAUUUGAUACCCGCAAAAUCCGAUACGCAGUUCUGGUAUUGGAAAUAUGUGUUUUACAAAACAGACGAUGGCCUCGACUGCUGCUCCGACUUGGCCAUAUCCUUUCACUAUGUCUCGCCGAAUCUGAUGUACGUGCUGGAUUAUUUGAUAUACCAUUUGAAGCCUUACGGCAUACAGCGUACCCUGGAGCACCUACCUGAGAAACUAAAGGUAGGAGAGUUUUUGCCGCCACCUAUUGAGACUCCAGCUGCCAGCGACGAGGACUCGAAAGAUGAUGAAGAUAGGGUGACCAAGAAAAUCCCAGUACCGGUUCUGCCAACACAAAACCCCUUGAUUGUUGAUAUUAAGAAAGAAAUAGCGUUAAAGAGGAAGGAAUUGCGAGAGUUGCAAAAAUCGAUUAAGAAAACUAAUUCAAAGCAAGUUUAUUCAGACGAAGAUGUUUCAAGUAUAGAGAAAAGCGAAGAUUGAAAGAAGCAUAUUGUUUGGAAAUUUUCUAUUUGGUAUUAUUUAAGUGAACUAAUUUUUACCGAUAUCUGAAAUGAUAUAGUUGCUCGAUUUAAAAAAAGGAGCUCUGGUACGAUAGCUUAAAACACUAAACGAGAUGAAAACGGUUCUGCAAUUAAAUCUCAAAUCUAAUCUUGCAGAAUGACUACAAAAAAUGCCCCAGUAGCUAGCACUCGUUAAUCUUAUAUUAAGUUUAGUAUUAAAUACUUGAUUUAAUUUAUUAAAAUAAAAGUAUUUGAAAGAAGAGGCAA